CUUCACUUCAGACAUACGAAUUCUCGAUUUACAUUAAAGUGAGUUAUUUUAAAGACUCAAUUCAAAUAUAUAUAUAUUUGCAGAAAAAUAUUUUUCCAUGUAGUUUGCACCGAAACAAACCAAAGCCUCCGGGUCUCUCACAGCCAAAAAUCAUCCUUUUAAUACUUUCGUUUUGCUCGUUUCUCUCAACAAGAGAGGCCAACACAAAACCCCAGAGGAAAGCGAACUUAGUGCUGACAAACAAUGGCUGCUGCUGUUUCUGCUUCUCUGAUCAAUCCGUUGACAUCCUCUCUAUGCAACUCCAAAUCUGAGCUCUUUGCCGACUCUUCUCGGACAUUGAAACAAUCCUGGGUGGGUACGCCCACUUCUUUGAGGCUGAGGAACAAGAAUUGUGCCAGCAGGAGGCUGUCUUCAGGUUGCUCUGUCGUGUGCAAGGCAGUGUCUGUGAAGCCCCCGACAGAGAUUGAAGGUCUCAACAUAGCCGAGGAUGUCACUCAGCUUAUAGGAAAAACCCCAAUGGUUUACCUGAAUAGCAUUGUGAAGGGGUCUGUAGCAAAUAUUGCUGCCAAGCUUGAGAUCAUGGAGCCAUGUUGUAGUGUCAAGGACAGGAUAGGUUACAGUAUGAUAACUAAUGCUGAACAAAAAGGAGUAAUAACGCCUGGAAAGAGUAUUCUGGUGGAACCUACAAGUGGAAACACAGGCAUUGGUCUUGCAUUUAUUGCUGCUUCAAAAGGAUAUAAACUCAUCUUGACAAUGCCAGCAUCAAUGAGUUUGGAAAGAAGGGUUCUUCUUAAAGCAUUUGGGGCUGAGCUUGUAUUGACUGAUUCAGCAAAGGGCAUGAAGGGAGCAGUUCAAAAAGCUGAAGAGAUUUUGAAAAGCACUCCCAACGCCUACAUGCUUCAACAAUUUGACAAUCCUGCUAAUCCUAAGGUACACUAUGACACAACUGGUCCAGAAAUCUGGGAAGAUACAAGAGGCAAGGUGGAUAUAUUUAUAGCAGGUAUCGGAACUGGUGGAACCAUUUCUGGUGUUGGUCAGUUCCUUAAACAGAAAAAUCCCAAAAUAAAGGUUAUUGGUAUAGAACCUUUAGAAAGCAACAUACUUUCAGGUGGAAAGCCUGGUCCUCACAAGAUUCAAGGAAUUGGAGCUGGUUUUGUACCCAGGAAUUUGGAUCGAGAAGUGGUUGACGAAGUCAUAGUGAUAUCCAGUGAUGAAGCUGUUGAAACUGCAAAGCAAGUAGCACUCCAGGAAGGCUUGCUAGUGGGCAUCUCCUCUGGGGCGGCAGCUGCUGCCGCACUGAAGGUUGGAAAGAGACCUGAGAAUGCAGGAAAGCUCAUUACGGUUGUGUUUCCCAGCUUUGGCGAACGAUAUCUAUCCACUGUUCUUUUCCAGUCGAUCCGGGAAGAAUGUGAGAAAAUGCAACCCGAGCCAUGAAUGAAGCACUGUUAAGAACCAUAUUGUUUCAAUGUAAUUUUGCAUUUUUCUUCCGUGUCAUCCGUCGUGUGUACCAUGCUAGGAUCCGGGUCUUACACCUAUGACUGGUUUUCUCCUUUCUGGAAGGUAAUUUCCUAACAAUUGCCCCUCUGAGGGAUGUGCUUGCAUAUGUUCUUCCACUCAAUACAUUGGUUCUCAAGACACAAUAAAUUAUAAAAGGGAUUCAAGAUUGUCCCCAAUUUUCUAUGCA